CUUCUAUUUUGCAUGCAGAGAAGGAAAUACAAGGGAAAAUGGCACAGGCUGCUAUGACGGUGCAGGAUGAAGAGCAUUAUUUUACGCUGGUGAGUGGGCACAGAAUACCAGCCGUUGGAUUAGGCACUUGGAGAUCUGGUUCUUGGCCAGAUGAUUCUGUGUUCACUGCUAUUGUUGAGGCUGGUUACAGGCACAUAGAUACUGCUGCAGAAUAUGGAGUUCACGAACAGGUGGGUUUUGGUCUACAAGCGGCAAUGAAAGCAGGAAUCCGUAGGGAAGACCUUUUUAUCACCACUAAGCUUUGGUGCUCUGACCUGUCCCCAGACAGAGUUAGAAUCGCAUUAAACAAUGCUCUUCAAGAACUCCAAGUUGACUACCUUGAUCUUUUCUUGAUUCACUGGCCCUUCCAUCUCAAAGAAGGAGCCAGCAGGCCUCCAAAAGAAGGGGAAGUUUUGGAGUUGGACAUGGAAGGCGUGUGGAGAGAAAUGGAGAAGCUUGUAAAGGAAAAUCUGGUUAGGGACAUCGGGAUUAGCAAUUUUACUGUGAAGAAACUCGACAACUUGCUCCGUUUUGCCCAAACAAUGCCAUCCGUAUGUCAGAUGGAAAUGCACCCAGGAUGGAGAAAUGAUAAAAUGCUAGAGGCUUGCAGGAAAAAUGGCAUCCAUGUCACUGCCUAUUCGCCUCUAGGGUCAUCAGAAGGAGGGAGAGAUUUAAUUCACGACGAGGCGAUUGAAAGAGUAGCGAAGAAGCUGAAGAAAACUCCAGGCCAAAUUCUUGUGAGGUGGGCUAUUCAGAGGGGAACUAGCGCCAUUCCAAAAUCAACUCACUCGGAGAGAAUCAAAGAGAACAUUGGUGUGUUUGGAUGGGAAAUACCGAAUGAGGACUUUGAAGCUCUUUGUAGGAUCCCAAAUCAGAAACGAGUGCUAAGUGGAGAAGAUCUAUUUGUGAACAAAGAGGCUGGACCCUUGAGGAGCGUGGCUGAUGUUUGGGAUCACGAGGAUUGAGGAGUUAAUAAUCCACAAAUACUUGUCGAUAUGCAAGUUUUCUCUGUAAAAAGACAAAAAGCUUGAUAAUGGUGUAUGCUAGGUAGGUUGUGUUUGUAUUUAUUUGGGUAAGUCUAGUACAAUCCAAAUAUAGAUGCAAGUGUCGGGGGUUGGACAACUUGGUUUUUAGUGCAUCUGUUGAUAUCUUUGACUCGGUUAAUGUUGCUAGCUGCAUCCAUUUUUGACU